AUGGCUCUGCACUUUGACUUUCUACUUGACGGAAUUUUCGCUGUGACUGCAUUCGAGAUUGCCGCAACAUACAACGAUGGCAACUAUAUCUACGCUGCGCUAGAAUACCAGACAAGCUCGAUUAGCGCUUUCAGGCGCCACUUAGACAAUCCCCUUCCCGAAACCAUCGAGCCAAUGCUUGCAUUCUCACUCAUGUUUAUGGUUCUCACGCUGGCUUCAUCUCAAGCCCGACUGAACAACGCCUCUAGUUGCCUGCCCAAUACAGAUAGCACGACAUACUUUUCUGGAAAUGGCAUUCUGGAAAGCACGGUCACGCACUUUGCGCUUCUACAAGGCGUUUCGGCUAUUGUUGAGCGAAAGCCUGAAUAUGUCACAAACUCGCCAUGCAUAAACCGACUCAAGCCUUUUAAGGAGCUGCCAUCAACAGCGGUUGAUCCAGAAAUUGAAAGUACCUUGUCGAAAAUUGGGGACUGUAACGAGGCUAGGAUUACAUCAACUGUUAAUGAGUUAUACGAGCACCGUGUUAGUCAGAUAUCUUUAUGGGAAACCUGUAAGAACGCUCUGUCAAUGCUUCGAGAGUGUUUUGCCAAAUGUGCAGAUGAAAGCCACAGCGGGUAUACCUUGGGGUGGCUUAACAUGGCUGGAGACGAAUUUAUCAAAGCCGUCAUAGCUGAGGAUACUACUGCACUUCUGUUGUUAAUGUACUGGGGUGUUCUCUGUCAGAAAUUUGGUCAUCAAGUUUGGUGGGCUCGGAGUUAUGGAGGCCUUCUUGUAGACGAGCUGGUGAGAAGCAAAUUGGCCGAUAUUACGGACGACGAAACGAAAGGCUUGGUUACACUUGCCCAAGAACGAGUUCGACAGUAUAGGUUGAGGGGCGCUUUCUGA